AUGUCGUUCCUCGUUGCAGCUAGUCGCGUAUUACAAGUUUGGCACCCACAGCGGGACCGAAAACGACUAACAUCCUACACGAAGAUGUCUGAAUUUUCUAGUCCGGCAAAAGAAUUCCCCCAGGUGUUCGGGCCGUUCGCAGAAGUGGAGGUAAAGAUGGAGACCGCGUUGUCUUAUGAAUGGAUCCCACCGCUCAUGGCCCCGGAGAAUUACGAUGUGGAUAGCCUUCUGGUGACCCUGAGGCGGAGACUGGUAGGACCUAAAACGGCAUUCGAAUAUCGGGAGGAGUUUAACAUGCGACAGCAACGACAUGAGGAAAGUCUAAUGGACUAUAUGGGGUCGGUUCUAUUCUGGGUCGGUUUCUGGCUGGGCUCCGUGAACCCAGAGCCAAAGAUGAACUAA